UGAUCUGGAGGGGCCCAUGAUUGAGACACCUGAAUCACAUGAUAUGGAGGGGAUUGGGACACCUGAAUCACAUGAUAUGGAGGGGAUUGGAACAACUGAAUCACAUGAUUGGGAGGGGAUUGGAACACCUGAAUCACAUGGAUUGGGGGGGGAUUGGAACACCUGAAUCACAUGAUUGGGAGGGGAUUGGAACACCUGAAUCACAUGAUUUGGAGGGGAUUGGAAACACCUGAAUCACAUGAUAUGAGGGGUUAGGAAACACCUGAAUUACAUGAUUGGGAGGGGAUUGGAACACCUG